AUGGUCGCCCAGUCCGAAGCUUUCAAGAAGGCCGUCGUCGACUCCAAGAAGUUGACCUCCAAGCCCAGCAACGAUGACCUCCUGGAGAUGUACGCCCUCUACAAGGUCGCCACCGGCGAGGAUAUUGCCUCGGCCCCCGCGCCCGGCAUGUUCGACCUGAAGGGCAAGGCCAAGAAGAACGCGUGGCAGAAGGUCGUCGACGACGGCACCACCCCCGAGCAGGCCCAGGAGAAGUACGUCGCCCUGAUCGAGAAGGCCAAGGCCGAGUACGGCUUCGACGAGAACAAGGCCCCCGAGGCCGUCGGCGCAUAA